AUAGCGAAGACUGCCGACAGUAAAGUUUCAGGCCUUCUUAAUAAAAACAUUGUAGCCUUUACCAGAUAGUGUACUGUACUGUUUCUGAAGAUUGCCGUUAAUGAUCAUUUGCACGGCUAUAUGUUUUGUUAAAGAAUAAUUCCAGAGGGAAAUAAAACAACAGCGAAAUGUUUAACAGGAUGGCAAGCCUGUGGAUGGGUGAUUUGGACCCGUAUAUGGAUGAGAAUUUUAUCAAGCAAGCCUUCAGUACGAUGGGAGAGACAGCUUAUGGCGUUAAAAUUAUCUGUCACAGAGUCACGGGUGGCUCCGCGGGGUAUUGCUUUGUGGAGCUGGCGGACGAGGCCAGUGUGGACCGCUGUUUUUUCUUCUCCAGCCCUGAAUAUUCUGUUUUUGUUGGAGAUCUCACUCCGGAAAUUGAUGACUUUCAGCUCUACGAGUUCUUUGUGAAGAAAUAUCCCUCCUGCAAGGGGGGAAAAGUGGUAACGGAUCAGUUUGGGAACUCAAGGGGCUAUGGAUUUGUUAAGUUCAGCGACGAGAAGGAGCAGAGGAAAGCUAUGGAAGAGUGUCAGAAUGCUACUGGCCUUGGCGGGAAGCCUAUUAGGAUCAGCAUAGCCGUCGCCAAGAGCAAUAAAAUGAAUUACCAGCACAACCAAAACUACUACACGCAGUACUACCAGCAGUACCAGAACUACUACUCCCAGUGGGGGUAUGACCCCUAUGGUAGUUACAACUAUGGCUACGGCCCGUAUGGCCCAGCGCCCUCUGCUCCCGGGAUGGCCACCCCUCUGGCGUCCACAGACGGCACCACGGUCGGCACAGACGCGCAGGCUUCGGCAGAGAAAUCCGCGGAAGAUGCUGAAGAAGAGCCUGUUGAAGAUCCCGCGCUGCACAUGGAUAUCGACACGCUGAACAGGCAGUUCAUGGAGCGCAGCGAAGAGCUGUACGACUCGCUCAUGAACUGUCACUGGCAGCCGCUGGACAGCGUGACGUCCGAGAUCCCGGCGGUGGCCAAUUGCUGAGCGGUUGAGAAGAGCUCGCCUCUCACUAUUGGCUCAGUCACUCCUCCACCUUACAUUUUUUACAUGACCUCCUGCUUUUGUUUCUGUGUUUGUGGCAUGUCUUUUUGUAAUCUGAAUAUCCCCAGGAAGCCCUAGAAAUUCAAAUACGUUUGUUUGCGUUUGGGAAUCUUCUGGGCUCUGCUGAACAUCGGGGAUGUCAGUUUCAGAAAUACAG